GUCCAGCAUCCAAUCGCCAGCAACCAUGCCUACAAUCGAUAAAUACUUGACCGCUGCGGUCAGGCAGGGCAUAUUUAGCUCUGCGCGUCCAACAACAUAUUCCAUCCCGCAAUAUUUGGCGCCUGCGUUUGUCCAGAGCCGACAGGCCUCCGUCGUGGCUUCAAAGAAGACCAAGAAGAAGGCCAAUUUACCCAAGGAUUUCAAACGUCACAACUUGCAAAGACAAGAGUUUCCCCAAUUCACAUUAUGCGAAGCCAUGAGAAUCCUGCGCGCCUACGAAGUUGGCCAGCCUCCUGGCUCUGUUAAAUACGAGAUUCACAUCAACCUCAAGACCCUCCGAAGCGGCCCUGUUGUCAAGAGCCUUGUACGACUACCCAAUCCCAUUGCGAGAGAAAACAAGGUUGCCGUUAUCUGCCCCGAAGGCAGCGAAAUCGCCGCUGAAGCCACCGCUGCUGGUGCUGUUCUUGCUGGCGAAGAGUCCAUCUUCGAAGCCAUUCGCCAGGAGAAGAUUGACUUUGACCGACUCAUCUGCCACGAAAGCAGUGAAAAGGCCCUGAUCAAGGCGGGCCUCGGCAGAAUUCUCGGUCCCAAAGGCCUCAUGCCCAGCGCAAGAAUGAACACCAUUGUCAGCGACGUGACCAAGUCUAUUCGCGAAUCUGCUGGUGCCUCCGAGUACCGUGAGCGCCAAGGUGUCAUUCGCCUUGCUGUUGGACAGCUGGCACACAACCCCGAGCAGCUCAAGGCCAAUAUCCAGGCCGUGCUGAAGAAGAUUAAGAGCGAGUGCGCUGAAAUCUCCGAAGACUCUCCCAAGGAAGUCCACGAGGUUAUUCUGAGCACUACCAACGGCCCAGCCUUGAGCUUGAGCGGCAAGUUCCAUGACGCCAACACCGAUGUACCGGUAGCGGCUUUGUCUGGUAUCAUGUAAUAUUAUAUAGCGUCUUGUGAGGAUAGUUUGUACAAUAGCAUCUAAAAUAUCAUCUAUACCUAUAUCACUGAUCUGCGCAUUGAUUUGUCUUGAAUCGUUAUUUUUAAUUUCUCUAGUCUAUUCAUUACUAUACAUUAUGUCAUGUUUGGCGGAUGGCCUUGAGGCAUUCAGCGCCAGCGUCUAGCAUUCGGUAGAGAGCUAGAUAGCGGAGUGUUCUGUUCCGACCCUUGGGCCCUGAUUUUCUUGCUUCUCGUAAGGCAUUGCUCAAAUCUAACAAGAGCGUAUUUCGGCAUUUGACCAAUCUUGCAGCCAGUCUUAUUACGAGCGGGUGCUCGGCCUCAAGUGCCUCCAGGACGACCUUGGCUCUAGAAUAUUGCUGCACAGACACCAGUAAUUUCGUUGGAGAGCUGCCCAGCAACCCAAUGGGCCCGUCUUCGUCUGCAUCUUCAUCCUCAUCAUCCGUAUCCAGAGUGAUACCGUCAACUUGUGCUGUUGGUAAGCUGUCUAUGGCCAGGCGCUUCUCUAAGCUUGAUAUUCUUUCUGUAGCCUCGAGAAGCUUGCGGCCCUUCUCAAUGUCGGUCCGUACUUGUUGCAGUUCGGUUGUCAGCGUUUCUGUUUGUAAUCGUCGUGCUGUGACCUUGGCUUUGACUUCUUCUACCGCCCUGCGGAAUCCUAGAAGUGCCACCUUGACAUCUUCGACCUUUUCGUCGCCGCCGUGGAGCUCCGAGCCAAGAGAUAGGAAUACGGUGUAGUUGGAAUUGACAAGCUCGAGCAGCUCGGCGCUGAUGGCUGCGCUGCGGUCGCGCAAGUCUGAUCUCAGGUCUUCUAAUGUCUGAUGUCUAUUCGGUAGUGCUGAAAGGUACUCGGCUGGGUUGAAGUCUGGUGCGAGGAAGUCGGAUCGCGGUAGAGCGCUAGGGAAAGGAAGAGGGGUGUCGUCGUCGCCAGAGUCUGAUGAAUCCGAGGAGGGCAGGUCGAAUACGGCAGAUGUCUGCCUUUUCGAAGGCCGCCUAACAUGUGAGGUAGACAUGAUGCACAACUAUGAACUUCACGGAACGAACGUUCGGAAGCUCUCGCGGGGACAAGCCGAAGUUGGAUCCAAGUCCGCCGCCGCGAGGGGCACCGACGUCGCUGUGUGGGCCACGCUGUACUGUAAAGUUGUACUAGUGUACGGAUUGGCGCAUACCUUCGGUACCUACAUACAACUGUUGGAGCUUACAAUACCGCCUACGUCUUGUUACAAUUUAGAAUAACGACGAGAAAAUCAAAUCCUAUUGAUUGGAUAAAUGUAAUUAUUCCAUUCGUUUUCUCUUCGGCUGUCGAUACAAAAAAACUUUUUUCAUUGUUGGGCGGCGUCGCCUCAGCCUGGAACGUAGCAGUGGAGAGCGGCCAGGGUGCGGAGCAUGUGCCCAGCAAAAGAUUGAUUGAUUAGCAGGACAUACACCCGCUGCGAGAGUCAGGGCAUUCGGAAGUCGCUGGCCCGCCGUUAAGAUGAGCCUGGAGCCGAU